CAGAUCAAAAAAUUAGGUCUUGGAAAUUUGGGAGAGAAGAAGAAGAAGAAGAGGAGAGAGAAAAUGGGGAAGCAACCGGUGAAGAUGAGGGCGGUGGUGUACGCGCUGUCGCCGUUUCAGCAGAAGGUGAUGCCCGGCCUCUGGAAGGACCUUCCGGCCAAGCUCCACCACAAGGUCUCCGAGAACUGGCUCAGCGCCACUCUCCUCCUCGCUCCUCUCGUCGCCGUCCACACGUAUGUGCAGAAUUACCAGGAGAAGGAGAAGCUGGAACACAGGUACUGAAAGAAGAUCGCUAAGUUUUCGUUGUUGUAAUUUGAUUGUUUGCUACUGAGUCACAUUUUCAGAAGUGUGUAUGAGUUUUAUUGUUCUUGAAAAACGAAAUUGUAGUUCAUCGGAUUCGAAUUGCAAAUAAAUUGAGACUGCAGCUUCUGCUAUCA